AUGAGUCUAAAUGAAACCGUAUACCAACAUACCGAACACGAAAACCAAUUCACUGUAUCCGAAUGCAUUCGCACAUGCGCACCACGUCACCGGCGCGCUGCGCUGACGUCAUUACCCGGCAUGAGCCGGAAGAGUGAAUCCGAUCUAUCUCAGGAGGAGAGCAUGGAAGUGGACUGCAACCACUGUGUGUUUGAAGACAGCUCGGAGCUGAGGGACUUGGACGCUGCAGACGUGAAGGACAUGAGGCUGGAAGCACAGGCUGUGGUGAACGAUGUCCUUUUUGCUGUCAGAGAAAUGUACGUCGCCCACAGCCUGCAGAAUGCGGUGGACGUGGCGCACAUCAACGUUGAGACGAGGGAAGGUAACCGCUACUGUUUGGAGCUCACAGAGGCGGGACUCAGGGUGGUGGGGUAUGCCUUCGACCAGGUGGAUGAGAGCAUGAUGACCCAGUACCACGAGACGGUUUACUCCCUUCUGGAUUCUCUCAGCCCAGCCUACAGAGAAGCGUUUGGAAAUGCUCUGCUGCAGAGAUUGGAGAAGCUGAAGCAAAACGGACGAUAGGAACUUUGUCACUGCCAGAGUCUGCAAUUCGAUUAAGAAAGGGUUGUUGCUAGCUUUACUGGAGGGGGCUUUAAAACAUUCAUAGUUAACUGCUUAACUGCUACAUUUCUGAUAACCUCCAUUCUUAAAGCCUGCAAAGAAUAACUUGUUUUUGUCUUCAUCAUUUGGUGUGAGGCUCUGUAUAUUAUUCACGGCACUGACACCCAGGGUAACCAAAAUGUAAAGUCAGUUUUCUUACCUUGCCCGACCGUUACCUGCUUAAAUCAACAAAGAUGUAUGGAGGCAAAACAAGUGGGUUCUAUUGAAUGGUUUUUAGUUUCAGUAGUUUGCAGACCAGCAUUUUAUUUAGAUUUUAAUUCCGAAAUGAUAAUCCUAGACACCUGCCUUUUCAGUAGUAGCUACAGGAAACGGUGAAGUAUGAUUGUAACAUGCAGAAUGCACUAGAUUCCUCAAAUAACCUUUUCAUGAUAAAAUGGCCGUACAUGCAUUUGCUAAGCUGAAUGCUAAGCAGCUGUCUCCCUUUAACUUUUGUUAGACCGUGAAAUUUGAUACUGAGACGCAGCGUGCUGUUGAUCAGGACAGUGCUGUUGUGCAUCAGUCAGAGAAGAGAGAGAACACCAUGUGGCUCCAGAUCCAUUAGCAGCGACCAAUUUAAUGUUACACUUGCCUUAAAUAUUGACUGCGGUAUUACCUUUGGGUAUACGUAUUUGGUCACUAAAUGGAGGUCCAUUUUAAAUUGUUUCUGUAAAAUGCACUGCGAGAGUUGGAACAUCUCAACUUUAAUGGAAAAGGACUGUUGUUAAUAAACGUUAAGAGUAUAUCAUCGAAGUGCAUGCUGCAAGAACAAUGCCUUUAAAGGCGACCCCCUGCCAUCUUCCACUUGUCUUUGCAUCAGAAUGUUUUAGCAUCAUUUUUUUUAUUUUUCCUAAUACUGAAAAAGCAUUUGAGUGAUCGUUUGUGGAUUUGUUUGGCCAGGACAUUUAGCUGGCCAAUAAUCACUCAGGUGGGUAGUCAAAAAAAAACCCCAAAGGAAUACCCUGCUACUCAUUAAUGAGUUCUUUGGUGGAUAUUUCAAUGUAUUUACAGGGGAUUUCUACAGGCUUGUCACAGACAUUCAGAGCAAACGUUCUUAGCUGGAAUAUAUGUGCACAUCUGGAAAAAUUUUGCUUCUCUGCAGAUCUGAGAAAUGCGCUUUGUUUGCACAACAUAUAAAUAGUCGCCAAACUACUUAAGAAGUAAAAGUUUAUUAUUAUACAUUGAAACAAAAUAAAUACUUGUUACAUUUUGAACAUUCUCUCAAUAUUUGAAGGAGUUUGUAGGCUCCUUAUUGUGGUAAGAGUUCUAUAGCUAUGAAAACUCCCACUCCCUUUCUGGGUUCUGUAUAGGGAAAUGAAGCCACUCCUGAAUCCGUGUCUUUGUAAUGCUGUGUUAUAUAAUGUGUUGCAUUAGCUCCCUGUGUGGAUUACAGACUGCAAGCCUCGUACGUUUUCUGUCCAGGUUUCACGUUGCUGCAGCUGCAGUGGUUUGUUUCUGUAUGCUUGUCACCGUUAACUGUCUGUUUCGUUUAAUUCCCAUUUCAAAAAUAAGUGUUUGGUAAAAUGCUAACAUUGUAUUCUAUUUUAAACCAAAAAGUUGUGCUAAAGAAAAUAAACAAGUUAAAGUAAA